AUGUCUAAAAAUGUGAUAAGGUUUUCUCAUGAUACACCCGAUAAUACAUAUUCUUCUCAUGUUCGUUCACGUACACAUUCUUCUCAUAUUCGUUCACGCACACAUUUACCUCAUGUUCGUUCACGUACAUAUUCACCUCAUGUUCGUUCACAUACACAUUCUCCUCAUAUUUGUUUACGUUCAUUCUCUCGUACCGCAACCACCAUGGCAUCUGAAUCUAAUAACAAAACCUUAUAUAAAUCAUUUUUUAAGAAUUCAGAAGAAUCCUCUGAUCGUGGUCUAUACCAUCCAUCGGAAUCUCUUUCAAUUUCAUUUUUGACAGAAGAACCCAAUAAUC